AUGUAUCCGUUCCCAGAUGCCGAUCUGGAUCAGUCCAUCACAGACGCUGUGACCUCUCGUAUCAGUACCGAUGGCGCAGAGAGCGAUCACCACAAUCUACAGGCUGAGAUCGGCCUGCAGAGCCUGAUUGUCGGUUUCCCGGCCAAAAUAUGCCAGUUACUGGCACGGGGGUCGUCCGAACCUCAAUUGCGCUCGCGUUCGUGGCGCGGAGACAUUCGCACCGACAUCAUCCUACAAACCAACUUGACUCCGAACACAACGAUCGUUGGCAUCGAGGUAAAAACCAGCCCGGAGCUGUCGGUGGAAGAGAUGAAGAUGGUCGUUGAAGCAGUCCGUCGCCGUUUGGUGUCGGUAGGGCAUGACGGGAUCGGUAACCUGAUCGUGAACACAGAUUGGGACCGUAUGCCGGAAGAGUACCCGCGCACUGGGCGGAACCACCGAGAUCACCAAAAGCGGGUUUGCUCUAUCCUCAGCCAGGUUCUGUGUUAUCUCGUCAAGCACCGUUGCAACCACGGCGUCAUUACGAAUUAUGAUGCGUGGAUUGCCCUUCGCGUAGCCGGAACGCGCGACAAUCCCAUCCUACAGGUCUCGGAUAUACUCUACAAAGAGGAUCGACCGACGGAAGACUCCCCUUGGUCCUCUCCGUUGGGAUUACUUCUAUGCUAUCACUUCCUCCGAGACCCAGGGGUGAUUGUUCUACCCGACGUGUCCACGACGAAAACAGCCGCCAGACAAGGGGCCUCACGAGGACGCGGCACAAGCGGUCCUGCCAAGAUUCGAUCGUCACAGCAUCCUACCCCUCAAUCAGAGGCCGGGCUUCUCAGCAACCGAAUCGGCGGAUCCUUCAAACGGAACGCCCAUCAUGAUGGGACCUGCUCAACUGCCAGUGCUGGCUAUAGUCACGGGUCGCAACAAUCACCUGCGCGGAAUAUGGUCACCCCACCGCUCAUUCACUCGUCGACCGGCACUGAUUCCAGUCCAGAACAACCAUCUCCAAACGACAUUCCCUUCACACGUCCUUUCCAAAUUGAGGGCUUAGGAAGGCAGGACGAACGUGCAGGGGUCAGCCUCGUUCUCGACUUUGAUCGCGUACGACUGUCGCAAGCCGUCGCCGGCGAGUGCCGUUUCCUUCAUUUCAUGCCGAGCCCGAGUCUUCCCUUUCUAAGGCUAGAUCGACACGAUGAAGCCGGAUAUCUCCGUCAUUCUCAGUCUAACAAGUAUCCCUCUGACGACACGAUUCUCUCCGCUGCUAUCGAGCACGAUCCUCCCACAUCCGGCUUUGACGUCAGCGACGGCCUUUCGCAUGACGGUGACGGAUACUCGCCUGCGUCUCAUACGGGCAUCUGCUGGACCACGACAAUAACCUUGGAGGAGCCGUUGGACUCUGGGGCUGUAUGGGACGUUUACUACCCUUCGUCUCCUCUCCAGACAUGCGUCGUCAAAGUCUCGGCGCCGGAAGCCUUUCCGGAUGACUCUGAUGAGCCAGCGUAUGGCUGUAUAACCCGUGCAGAGGCACUGGAUUCGAUCUUGAGGGAGUUGAUGGUUUACAACACGAAGCUCCUCGAUCUACAGGGCACAGUAGUCCCUAGACUGUGGGGGAUGUGGAAAGGCAGCCAAUCCAACCCCGACGGCGGCACGAUUGACCUGUACAUCUCUGUGAUGAGCAACCCAGGCUGCAUGCUGGACUGCAACGAAUCGGACUAUAACGGGGAGUCUGACUGCAACGAAUGGGAAUAUAACGGGGAGUCUGACUGGAGUGUAGAAGAAAAAAUGGUCAUAGUGGCACAGUAUACACGGCUGCAUAACGCCGGUGUGCUCCACGGUGAUGUCUCGCCUAGACAUUGGAUCAGAGGCGCUGGUGUCCCAUCGCCAACAGACUCGACCUCACUGCCGACACCCUCCAUUUUCCUCAUUGACUUUGGAUUCAGCGUGACUAUCGAUAUGCUUGGGAAAGAUGCAUGGGAGCAGGAGACGAGGGAGGAAAUGAAGCGGGUUAGGAGUUUCCUUCACAUUUGA